AUUCACUAUAUCUGGUCUCCCACAGUACACAGAACAUGGAAAUGCAAUUAUUUUAGUAAAUAUAAACUGCUACAUACUUUUUUUAUCUUCUAUCAGUAUCUAGCCAAGCACAUGUUAAAGCUUGUAAGAGUUUUUAUUUUGCUCUAGGAGGAUGCAGAACCCCUGACCUCUGUCUGGACAGUGAAGGUUGGCCCUGUGCUGAUCACAUGCACUCUCCCAAGGAAAAAAAUAAAACCCUCCAGAAAUACACACUAAACUGAGCAUGUGCAGAGUAACUCCACACAAUAUGUCUUAUCAGGAGAUAAGAGGGGGACACUGGAAGAAGAGGAGGAUCAGAGUAAUCAAGAUCAAACAGCAUUUUUACACAAUGCAGAGGAGUAUCCCCUUAGGUUCCACAGUGAGUAUAACAAGCAUGUUUUACUGCAUAUCCAGACUGAUUUUACUGUUGUGGGUUUAG